GAGUCUCCACCGCACACAUCUGUGCCCUCAGAUCCCUGCCUGCCUCUUCCCAUCGCGGCCCCUCCCGCUCCCACUAGCAGAGGCCACAGCACGCCGAAGCCCAGACACCGCCAAGGGCGCCUGUCCCUGGAAGUGCAGAGAGCUGCUGGGCUGGAGAGAGCCCAGUGUGCGCCCCCACGGAGGCCGUCACCACGCAGGCUACGCGGGCAGGCUAUGUGGGAACCGGGCCCACGGUGUCCCCAGACACCUCUGAGUUGAUGAUAAUGGUGACUCUGCGGGAGGACAGAAGACAGCGGAUAACAGCCCCGAGGGAGGGGCAGCAACACCAGCUGCGGGCCGGAAAGGCAAAGGUGGCUGCCAGCCUCACAGGUGCACUGGGAGGGGAAGAGGCUCACACGGCCCCAGCUCGCCCGGGCCUGGGGACGUCUGAGUGGAGCCUCCGCCCGGGCCUGGCCAGCGCCCUGCUCGCUUUGCCCUCGGGGCGUGUGGAGCCCCCGGCACGCUGGCUUCUCUCUGGGACGCCACCCAGAUGGCCGGCCCCCUACCCCGUCCGUCCACCCUUUGCUUCUCUAAAGGCCCAAUUCAGAGUCCGUCCCCUCCACAGAGCCUUCUCCGGGAGCCCAGCCACCCCGGGCUCUUCCUCCUCUCGUGAGUCCCCUGUUGCUGCGUGUGCGGGGCCCGCCUGCGGCAGGCCUUGGUCCCCUACUUCGUGUGCGUGGGAAGAGCUGGUGAGCACCUUCCCAAGAGCGGGGACCUCGCCUGAGUGCUCACGGCUCCCCCUCCAGUGCCGCGCAGGGCUGGGCACAGAGCCGGCACCGACACCCUGGACACUCUGGGCUGGUCGGCGCUUCGUCUCCUGCCACCGGCUCCUCAGACCGCGCCCUCCCCGCGGACUUUUCUCCCACUUGAUUGCGGCGCGGCGGAUCGUCAGCACCGUCCUCCACCUGCUACUCAACGCGUGGCCCCCGGACCAGCGGCGUCAGCAUUGCAGGGGCUGCGCCCGCGAGACACCGGAUCCACGGCCUCGCCACCUACGGGGUCAGAAACGGACGCCACGAGACCCCGGGGGCCUCCGUGCCAGCAGCACCGGGUCGCCAGCCCGGGCCAUUGCGCACAGGGACGCUGACGACGACUCGCCUGCGACGGAAGAAACGGAGAGAUAACAGUGCGGGACCUGGCGACCCACACCCGCGGCCAAGCCCCAGCGCACCGGAGCCCGCGAGAUCCUGGCCCUUGCCGAGGCCGGGAUUCCGGUGGCUCGGGACGCUGAGAAAGCGCAAGUCCUUCCCGUGGUCCGGGCGUCGGGGCUCCAGCCACGUCCCCCGACCUCCGCGCGCUGAGGCCCGAAGGACCUGGGGAUCCUGGCGCGUGGUUCUCGGGGCGCUCCGGCCCUGCGGCCGCCGCCGCCCUGCACGGCCCUUCCAGCCCCGAGUCCUCCCACGCGGAACGAUGCUGAGUUUCGCAAGUCCUGGGCGGGAGGAGCGUUGAGUUGUGGCUCUCAUCUGAGUCCUUUAGAACACGCUCCUUCAUGUCGGAUUCUCCUCAAGUGUCUCGGGCUGUUUUGCAGUUUUGCCGAAUCGUAUCGCAAACGCCCAGGACUGUGGGAGGGAGAUAACAGGAUGGCGCGGGAAUCAUUCAUCCCAGCCUGGUGAGAGCGACGCCGGCGAGACAAGGCCAGGCCCACCUGCCGAGCUGCCCUCUGGCAGCCUUUUACUCCAGGCGGGCGCGUUCGCUCCCCCUGCCCCUCAGCUUCAGGCCCGUUUCUGAGAAGCAAUAGCAAACUCGCAGGCCAUGAAAAACGCACAGGCCGGUCCCGAGCCCUUCCUGUGUCCUAAAAAUACAGCCCGUCCCUGCAGUAGCUAUUUUGGAACGAGCCAGCAGAGUGUUUCCUCCAGAUGAAAGGCCCCGAGGCGCCAUAAACAGGAUCUCAGACCCGGACUCUUUUUGGAAUGAGGUCGGAGCCCCAGGGACCAGACCGGGCGCUGCAGAGGCCGGGGCCCAGGGCAGACGCCUGCUCCAGGGAGCACCUUUUUGGGGGGUCGGGUUGAGGGGGUGGUGUUUUGUGUUUAUUAGUUUUAUUUUGUUUUGAAAUUCAAACUAACUCAGAAAAGGCGGGGCGUGAAGAAACGUGUAGGAUGAGGAAAGAGAACUUGUGAGCCUUAAGAGCUGCCCGGCGCCGUCUUACCAGGCCUCGCCCGGCCUGGCCCUGGCCCUCAGUUCCCUGCCAGGGUUGGGACUUAAGGGGGAUCUUAUGACCUAGGAAAUCCAUUCACUGUGAAAUUGGGGGUGGGGAGGGGGAGCCUGGAGCCCCGCAGCCUCAGAGGCUCUCGCUUCACAGUGGGGAGCCAGGACUGGGAGGAACAGGCGGGAAGGAACAGGUGGGAAGCCCCUUCACAGGCUCCUCCUGGGAUUCCCCGGCAGGGGCUGAGCUGAUCCUGCAAGAGUUAUGCCGGCCCCUUCUCAGAGACAAAGCUCACACUGCACGGUGCUCCAGGUGCUCCAGGGCCCCAGGAUCGGGGGGGCCUUGGCCUUGCCCCGGAGAGAGAAGAAGGACCAACGGUGGCUGUCCUGAGUGCCUGCCGUGGCCCCACAAACAGCGGCACAAGCAUUCAGAGGGCCACCAGGUGCAGGCCCACGGGGUUGCAGGUGCUGCGUGCCCUCGGGGUCCUGUCCAUCCAUAAAAAGCUGCUUCACUUUUCCGUGUGUCUGCCUGGCCAUCAGUAGAGACAAAACAGUGACUGCAGCCUCCAAUCCCCUUGAGCCACGGAGAGCGACAGUGACCUUGAGUGUGGAGAGCAGCGGUGACCUUGAGCGGGUGGAGAGCCAAGGUGCCCUUGAGCAGAUGGAGAGUGGUGGUGCCCUGGCUGCACGUGGAGACCGGUGGUGCCGUUGAGCCGUGGAGAGCCGCGGUGACCUUGAACGGGUGGAGAGCAGCAGUGCCCUUGAGCAUGCAGCGAACUGCAGUGCCUUUAGUACGUGGAGAAUGGCGGUGCCCGUGAGCACCUGGAGAACGGCGGUGCCCUUUAGUACAUGGAGAACGGCGGUGCCGGUGAGCACCUGGAGAACGGCGGUGCCCUUUAGUACGUGGAGAACGGCGGUGCCCGUGAGCACCUGGAGAACGGCGGUGCCCUUUAGUACGUGGAGAACGGCGGUGCCCGUGAGCACCUGGAGAACAGCGGUGCCCUUUAGUACAUGGAGAACGGCAGUGCCCUUUAGUACAUGGAGAACGGCAGUGCCCGUGAGCACGUGGAGAACGGCGGUGCCCUUUAGUACGUGGAGAACGGCAGUGCCCUUUAGUACGUGGAGAACGGCAGUGCCCGUGAGCACGUGGAGAACGGCAGUGCCCUUUAGUACGUGGAGAACGGCAGUGCCCGUGAGCACCUGGAGAACGGCAGUGCCCGUGAGCACCUGGAGAACGGCGGUGCCCUUUAGUACAUGGAGAACGGCAGUGCCCUUUAGUACAUGGAGAACGGCAGUGCCCUUUAGUACAUGAAGAACGGCAGUGCCCGUGAGCACCUGGAGAACGGCUGUGCCCUUUAGUACGUGGAGAACGGCAGUGCCCGUGAGCACCUGGAGAACGGCAGUGCCCUUGAGCACGUGGAGAACGGCAGCGCCCUUGAGCGCUCGGAGAACGGCAGUGCCCUUUAGAGAGGGUACUUUUUCUACAAACAAAAGUUGACAGUGAAGCAGCCUCAGGCAGGUCCUGCAGGUGUCGUCCAGAAGAAGGCCUCGUGAUCACAGGAGGUGACAGCUCUGUGCAUUCAUCAUGCUGAAGACCUGCCACUGGAACAAGGUAUGGAGGGGAAGACGGUGAUCUUGAUGAUCCUGACCCAGUGCAGGCCUAGGCCAAUGUCUGUUUGUGUCUUCAUUUUUAACAAAAAAGUGUAAUAGGCUAAACAUUUGUUUAAAUUAAAAAUAUAAAAAGGAUAUAAAGAAAAUAAUUUUGUAUAGCUGUAUAAUGUGUGCUUUAAGCUGAGUAUUAUUACAAAGUAAUCUAAAAGUCAAAAUAUAAAAGUCUGUAAAGUAAAAAAGUUACAGUACACUAAGGUUAAUCUGUCACUAAAGCAAGAAAUUUUUAAAUAAAUUUGGUGCAGCCUCC